GGAAGCGAUGAACCUGCAAUCAAUAAGGUUUCCAUAAACAGACCAACUCUGUUAGUGGUCAUGAUGUUUUUUAAUUUCCCCCAGAAGAUGCUUAGUUAUGUGUUUGAUAUGCUAUGUACAUGAUAAUGAGCAGUGAUAUGUGGAAUAGCGAUAUAGUACAUGGGAUGAAGAGUCUAACUAUGCUGUGGAUCUUGAAAUUACCUUUCUCACUCAAUAGUUCAAGAGUCCUAUUAUUAAUAUGUCAAAUUGAACUGAUUAAGAAUUUUGUUCACUUUAAAAAAAGUAUCCCCCAGUCCUUGCACCAAUCUUAUAAAUCGAAGGGCACAAUUCUGCUAUUAGAGAGCUCAUCAGUUAUCUGAGUCAGUCAUCUUUUCUCUGUGAAGUGACUGCAUUGGCUCCCAAUUGGGAUUGCAAGGGGCACUGAAAUGGGAAUGAUGUCCAUUUGAAAAGAUGAAUGAUCUGCCAUAUGACUUCUCUAUGAUUUUUGACAGGAUGUACAAUCUAAAGUAAGUGCUGUUGUACUUGGAAAGGAAAAACCAGUUGAAGAAUCGAAUCCUGAAUAUGAGAAACUGAAACAUUAUAUCUUUGAGCUUGAAGAUCACUUAGCUGAAGCUCAGAAGCAUGCAUAUCGCCUAGUAAAGAGACACAGAGAAUUGGGGCAAUCCCUGUCAGAUUUUGGGAAGGCAGUCAAACUUCUUGGCACUUGUGAAGGAGAUGCUCUUGGAAAGGUAUUCUCUGAGCUUGGGGCAAAAUCAGAGAUUUUGUCAAUUAAGCUGCAGAAGGAGUGUGGCCUUGAGGUUGGUGAUAUUGUUGUCUAUUGCUGUGGAUUGGCCUCGAGUUCUCUGGGCUUAUAAGAAGGCUGCCCUGUUGCUGGGUGGGCUCUGAGUUAUCACUUUUAGUUGCUGCUAAAUGGAGCAAGGAUCAUGACAUGGCAGCAGGUUCAAUAUUGCAUUAGGAAUGGGAGCUGAGCUAUGCAUAUGUCAGUAUGUUUAAUUAGAUGUAUUCUUUAUAUGGAAGCAGUGUUCACUGGAAUCUGUGUCAAUGCCAGAGGUUUUGAAUGGCAAAAUAAUGAUUAUUUCAUCAGGACAGUUGGAUGCCAUUACAAGGGCACGCCCUAUUCUCUCUGCUAUGAGUGAGAAACUUUAUGUUUUUGAGGGGGCACUUGGUGCUGGAAGCAAAAUUAAAAUGGUAAUAGAGCUGCUUGAGGGCAUUCAUUUUGUUUCUUCUGUGGAGGCCAUUUCUCUUGGUGCCCAAGCUGGUAUUCAUCCAUGGAUAAUUUAUUACAUUAUUUCUAAUGCUGCUGGAAAUUCAUGUUUGCUGAUCUGCUAUUCUUCUGGUGUUGCUGUGAUGUUGCUGCUGUUGCUGAGAUGCUGUGGUGAUGCUGCUGUGAUGGUGUUUGUUACGAUGAGGUGCUGCUAUGUUGUUGUUGGAUGUUUGCUGGUGUUGUUGAUGUUUGGAAGGGUGCAGGACGUUUUGUCCAAUCUGUAAUAGAUCAGGUUUUCAUUAAUGGGGGUUGUCAUUAGGUGUAAGUUCGGGCAACUGUUGGUGUUUUGGCUGGAAGGGUAUGGAGGGGGUAUGGAGGGGGUAUUUUGUGUGAUUUCAUAUCCAUGUUAUUAGUUUGUUAUAGUGGUGCCUGCGGGAUGCCUCUUGUAAACCUGUAAAUCUUUUAAAAAAUUAUAAAUGAGUUUCAAUUAUUUU